CUCUAAACAGGUGUUGGGUUCCCGCGUGCAGCGCGGCAACAGGCCUCCGCGGACACGUUCGCCGCGAAUAUUGAGUGCGCCCUGUGGACAGUUUUUUAACCGAUUGAAGCACCAGUGCAGGUAGAAGUGAGAGCCCUUUUUGGACGGCCAAAGUGCGGCCUGCGUCGAGCAGCGAGAGCCGCCGGACAGCCGUCAGAUUUGUUGCUCCGAGUGCCGGAGCCGCCUGGGCGGCGUCGCAUGGCAAGUGCGCUACGCUCGGAGUGGCGGCGGCAACGGCGUGCAGCCAACGCAGCUGCGGCAGACACCCCCGCCGCCGUUGCCGUGGUCGCUGCCUGGUGAGCAUGCCCUGAAACUGCGACAGACAGCGUCCGGUAAGCAUGAGCAGCUAUGGUGCCGUACAGUCGCGCCGCCACGGAUGACGUGCCCGCUGCCCCGGCCACCACCAGCUGGCCCACGGCAUUGGCCAGUGGGUGGCUCUUCUUCUUCGCCUCGGCGCUGUUCCGCUCGUACGGCCUACUCUACCUGCACCUGGUGCGCAGCGUGCACCUGACCCGGGCUGCUGCCUCUCUGCCCAUCGCCUUCAUUGCAGCCGCAGCGGGAGUAUCCAGUGUACUGUGUAACGUGCUGCACAAGCGAAUUCCUGUGAUCGUCUCAAACCUGUGCUGCUGCCUGGUGUGCGGAGCAGCGCUCUGUUUUCCUUACAUCAUGGAGACUGCGCCAGGCCUGGCCUUGGCUGGCAUCUUAUACGGUCUGGGAUUGGGCCCCAUUGAAUGGCGCAGCCAGAUGCUGAUCAAGAAGUGCUUCAUGAAGGACCGCAUCCUCGCCCUGGGCGUGGCUUCCCUGGGCGUCUCAUUCGCCGGCAUCGUGUUCCCGUGGCUCGUGCAACACCUCUUACGCGAGUACACUACUCCCGGAGCCUGCCUCCUAUUAGGCGCAGUCACAAUGAACGGCUGUAUCGGCAUACUUCUUCAGAAACUGUCCGCGCCGCGGAGCGCCAUUUCCUGCGGCCGCGGCAUACUUCCCUCAGCAGCCGCCGUUGAGAACGGCAGUGUUGAGAUGCGAGUCGUCCGCAAACGGUACAGCGUGACAAUCGACGACAACCCUCGGCAGGCCGGCGGCUCGUGUCCCCGGCUUAGUAGUAAGCGCGAUCGCGGAUCUGCGCCUGAGGGACUCGACCGCGCUGCCGGCGGCACGAACUCGUACCAGAAGCUCAGAUCUGUCAGCAGCAGCAACAUUCCGGCCGAAAAAGCCGACCAGAAGCCGGCGGACUCGAUCAGGGACGGUUUCGGCCUCCACCAGCUCGCCGAUGGAGGUGCGUUUUCGCAGGAUUCUAUUUACGAGGACUGUCAGUCCGACUUCGACCCUUGCGAGCUGGAGGGCCUUCCCACGUUCAAGCGGCGCCGACUUCUGACCGAGGGCUCGGAUACGUAUCUCUCCUGUUAUUCCGUCCUAGACCCUUCGUUAUACGACGUAGUCGAGACGAAAGACACCGGCGAAGUGACUAUCCACAGGAGGUCGGUCUCCUCGGAGAGCAUCGUAAUCGUUCCCGUGCAGGCCAAGUUUCAGGGACCGCUGAAAGAACGACUGCGCGUGUUCUUCCAACCAGCCACGGUGCUGCUGAAAAACGGCAUGUUUUACAUCUGCGGCCUUAGCUUCGUGCUCUUGUACAUCAUCAACGUCGUCUACAACAGCACCAUUCUGGACUUUGCCGUGGACAAAGGAGCGAGUCCCGGUUCCGCAGUGUCACUGAUCAGCGUCUUCUCUGUGGCUGACCUCGUCGCCCGGCUCGCCACUUCGGUGGUCAUGAACCGCGAGCUGGGAUCCAAGAAGAUCCUCAUGAUCUGGAUUCAGGCCUCCAGCGGCGUCCUCAUGCUGGCCGCGCCCUACCUGGUUGGUUAUACGGCCGCGCUGGUCGCGGCACUCUUGCUGGGCUCCAACCUUGGAUCUCUGUACGUGUUGUACAUCAUUAUCUUCGAGGACUACAUUGGCCUUCAUCUCGUGCCGUGGGCCUUCGGCAUCUACAGCGUCGCUGUGGCUUUGCUGGCACUGCUGAUGUUAGCUGUCAUAAGUUAUUGUCGCGACAUUCUGAUGUCGUACGACACCUUCUUUCAAGUAAUGGGUCUCCUCUGCCUGCUGAACGUCUUCUUCUGGGCGUUCGCUGAGCCAUUCUUCAAGAAACAGAGAAUAAGCGCACGGAAGGCCCAGGAAAACAGCCGUCCACAGUAAUAUAAUCAUCAUCAUCAUCAACACAUCUUCACAGCAACUUCAUUUACUCUCCAUCAAGCAGUGACAUCAGAGCGCAUGAUUGCACAAUCCGACAGUCGAAAGACGCGAAAGCGUCUCAACCUUCCCAGUGGACAUCGCACUCAACGCAACUCGCGCUGUAGUUCGUGCUAUACAGAAGCUCCGCUUUCGUGGGCACACAAUGAGUGAAC